AUGGAUGAGCAGCCGCGGCUGCGGCCCGGCUCCCGGCCCUCGCCCCGGCUCCCCGGCCCGGCCGCGGGGCCCCUCAGCCGUCCUGCCUUCCUUCCGGGCCGGCGCUUGAGAGUGGGGGGCGACUCUGGGGGCUGCCGCCCUCGCCCCGGGCUCCGGAAGAGCCCGGGCGGCCUCCGCGGCACCGGAUUUUUCCUGCCCGGGAAUCGCCUUAAUUCGGGUUGGCUCAGCAGUCCGCCCCCGGCUGCAAACCGCUCCAGCGAAAACAGCGAGGGCAGGCGGAGAGAACCAAGACGCUGCAACUUGUCCCUCAGGAUCCCGUCGCUGAAGGUCACAGCUGGAAAAGUCAGCGCGGGGGGCUCGCGGGGUCUGCAGUGCUGCAGCUUGGCCUGGGGUCUUCGGCCGCGUCUUUCCGGAGAGAGCUUCAAGUGUCGCGCCCAGAUCUGUGCGGCCUCCCUGGCUCGGGCCGACACCGCGGCCCCCGGAGCUUCUACCCUGGAUCGCUGCGGCCUGGAAGUGCCUGUCUUCCCGGGGCGGGAGAGGUGGGCCGCUGGACCAAGCUGGUGCGGAAGGUGUGAAAGUUACGUGGAUUUACUCUUUGUGAGAGGAGCUGGAAACUGUCCUGAGUGUGGCACUCCACUUAGAAAAAGCAACUUCAGGGUACAACUCUUUGAAGAUCCUACUGUUGAGGAAGUUGAGAUUCAGAAAAAAGUGCUAAAGAUAUACAAUAAAAGGGAAGAAGACUUUCCUAGUCUAAGAGAAUAUAAUGAUUUCCUGGAAGAAGUGGAAGAAAUUGUUUUCAACUUGACCAACAACGUGGAUUUGGACAACACCAAAAAGAAAAUGGAGAUAGACCAAAAGGAAAACAAAGAUGUCAUUCAGAAAAAUAAGUUAAAGCUGACUCGAGAACAGGAGGAAUUGGAAGAAGCUUUAGAGGUAGAACGACAGGAAAAUGAACAAAGAAGACUAUUUAUACAAAAAGAAGAACAACUGCAGCAGAUUCUAAAAAGGAAGAAUAAGAAGGCUUUUUUAGAUGAACUGGAGAGUUCUGAUCUCUCCAUUGCUCUACUUUUGGCUCAGCAUAAACACAGAUCUACCUAGUUGGAAAUGCAACUUGAGAAACCUAAACCUAUAAAACCAGUGACAUUUUCCACAGACAUCAAAAUGGGUCAACAUAUUUCAUUAGCACCCAUUCAAAAGCUUGAAGAAGCUCUAUAUGAACACCAACCACUGCAAAUAGAGACCUGUGGAUCACAAGUUCCUGAGCUUGAGAUGCUAGGAAGACUUGGGGCUUCCCUGGUGGAGAACAAGCAAGGCGGCCCUCAGAAAGCUGUCUUUCAGCGGCUGGGCAGGCUAGUGCAGCCCCAUGGCCCUUGA